UCGUUAUUUCGUUAUUUCGUAAUUCUAUUAGAAAUAUCUUGCCUUAAUGAAAAGAAGUAUAAGAAAAAAGAUUAUAUAUUAUAAAAAGAAUACUUUUCCUUGUAACAUUCGUAUUUGUUAGCUAUCGGAAAACUUGGAGAGAAAAAAAUAUCAGAUUCAAAGGUUUUUAAUUUAGUUGAAAUAUUUAUUGACAUAAAUAAAUAAACAAACAAAUAUAUGAAUAAUUCUUUCAAGAAGAAACAAUGAACAAACAGUAGGAUUGUAGUGUAUUUUAUGUAUUAUGUCUAAUUAUUGAAACAUCGCAUAAAGUUUCCAUUAAUCUUCGUAAAGAUAACAGUUCUUGAUGACACCAGAAACGGUUAAGAAAUAUUCUUGUGUUUGCUCGAACACGCCAUUUCAUUCGUAUUUCACGGACUAACACGACGUCAUUCGGAGUGCUUUGGCAGUAUCAAGCAGACGACACGAAGCAAAGUAAGGUUAAGUCGACCGAAAGUUUUUUGAUAUUAAAAGAGUAAACGAGAUAGAGAGUGAGAGAGAGAGAGAGAGAGAGAAAUGGCAAGAUUGUUUACAAGAAUAAUUAAGCAUUCUUUUGAAAAAGUGACUUCACAUAAGACUCAAUUAUUCACAAUUCCUAUAUCAACUUCGUUUCAAUCUACUUCACGUAAUAUAACUACAACUCAACGAUUAAGAACGGAAAGAUGGUAUACGGAUACACAUGAAUGGAUCAAAGUAGAUAAUAAUGUAGGAACAGUUGGUAUAUCUGAUCAUGCACAAGAUGCACUAGGUGACGUAGUAUAUGCUCAACUUCCAGACGUUGGAUCUACCUUUAAAAAAGAUGAGGAAUGUGGUGCAUUGGAAUCCGUAAAAGCUGCAUCCGUAUUAAUAAAUCCUGUUAGUGGAACAAUAAUAGAAAAAAAUGAUGCAUUGGAAAAUAAACCAGGAUUGAUUAAUUCAUCUUGUUAUAAUGAUGGAUGGUUGUAUAAAGUACAACUAAGCCAUCCUGAGGAAAUCAAGGCUCUUAUGAAUGAAAAAGCUUAUGAAUUAUUUUUGAAGUCUGGCUCCCAUGAAAGUGAAAAUCCUUAAAACGGUUUUUAUAUUAUUUUUCUCAUAAACUAAUUAAAUUAUAUAUAUAUAUAUAUAUAUAUAUAUAUAUAUAUAUAUAUAUAUAUAUAUAAUUUAAUAUAUAUUAUAAAACCAUUUCACAAACACAAUCUAUUUCAUACAAAGCAGAUAUUGUUUUUAUUUAUUCAUUUUGAAGCAUAAAAAUACAAUGGACACAAAUGAUGUAGACAUAGAUGAAUAUCAAAAAUAAUUAGUUGUUUUUAUAAAUGUGUGAUCUUUAGACAAAAUCUAAGCGAAUCACAGAAAAUGAAGUCAAUUUGUAUAAUCAGUUAAUAUAUUAUCAAAUAGCAGAUUUCAUUUCUCGUUUUUUUCUCUUUCUUUUUUCUUUUUUUUUCCAAUUAUGAACUUUCGAUUUAAUAUCAUUUAUCUGUAAUUCUUGAUCGACAAUUAUAGCGACGAUUUCUUUUUACAUAGGAUUGCAUAUCAAAAAUAAUGUUUUUACAAUGUAAACUGCAUUGUAUUACCAUGCAUUUUUAUUUUCAUAUCAUGACAAUAUAAUAUUUAGUGUGAAAGGAGUAAACACGACGAAGUCUAUAUUUUAUGAAUUGUAAAUUAUAAAUGACAAUUAAAAUUUGUAGCAUACAUAAUUGAUAUUAUGAAAUAUUCUGAAAGUAUGAAUAUUGUGAAAUAUUCUUUGACCUAACUUCAUAUAUGUUAUUUCUUUCGUUAUAUGUUUUUUGUUUGGGAGAAUAUUUAUUUGUAUUUGUUGAAAUUAAGAAUAUAAGGAAUCAUAUUGUCAUGCAUGAUGGGUGUUUGAUGAAUGCAAUGAAUAAUAAUAUGACAUAUUAUAUAGAGAUUCUGAAAAGAAAAAAUAAUUUGUUAAUAAUAAAGAUAUAUUUACAAUCAUUGAA